UAGGGAGGGGCGGGGAGAAAAGUUUGCUAGGUUGGUAAAGUUGGCAACAGAAAGUCCUAGGCAGUGGGGAAGCAUGGAUGCACUAAAGUCUGCUGGGAGAGCCAUCAUUAGGAGUCCGAGUAUUGCCAAGCAGACCUGGGGAGGAGGCAAGCACAAGAAACUACCGGAAAAUUGGACAGAUACCAGGGAAACCCUUUUGGAAGGAAUGCUAUUUCAUCUUAAAUACUUGGGCAUGACCUUGGUUGAACAGCCAAAAGGAGAAGAGUUGUCAGCAGCUGCAGUGAAGAGAAUUGUUGCAACUGCCAAGGCAUGUGGGAAAAAGCUGCAAAAAGUUAUACUGAAAGUGUCACCCAGAGGAAUAAUUAUUUAUGACAGUGGAAAUAACCAAAUGAUAGAAAAUGUUUCAAUCUACAGGAUAUCAUAUUGCACAGCUGAUAAACUUCAUGACAAGGUUUUUGCCUACAUCGCACAGGGCCAGCAGAAUGAAACCUUAGAAUGCCACGCAUAUCUCUGCACAUAAAGGAAAAUGGCCCAGGCAGUUACUCUAACAGUGGCUCAAGCGUUCAAAGUAGCAUUUGAAUUUUGGCAGGUAUCCCGAGACAGUAAAGAGAAGCGAGAGAAGUCUGGUUCAGAUGGUGACGGUGCCAGCAGCUCUCAAUCUGAAGGUUCCUCAAGUCUCCCAAGCUUGAAAGGAGCUACAAGUAACUUACUGGAUUUAGAAGAUGGCGUGAAAGAGCUAGAUAUAUUUAAUACCAGUGACAAUCAUUUUGAAGACCUUUUUCAACAAGAUGCCUCCACAGAAAACAAUAACAUUGUGUGGGAAUUAGAUGAUGGACUGGAUGAAGCAUUUUCAAGACUUGCAGAGUCCAGAACCAAUCCUCAGGUCCUUGACAUCGGACUGACUGCAAAUGAUCUUCAGACAGAAGAAUGCUUCUCUCCUUCUAACUGGGACAAAAUGGAGUCGAAUCCUGCAGAUGGCGAUUAACUAUUUUUGUUCUGAUAAUUCCAAAGCUCUUUGCCAAUCUACAGAACAAAGAACUUAAUAUU